UUCGGGCGGCGCUUUCCCCGCCAGUCUUGUUUACAAAGUCGUCAACACACGUCAACUUCACCCACGUCAACCAUCCUACUGCAAACAAUACCUCACUUCCCUUUCAAAGCACAUACAUAACGAUCGCGUAGCUUCAUCUAACUCAAUCGCAUUAUUCAAAAUGUCUGGGGCGUCGACGUACUUGCAGAAGAUGAGGAAGGCCGAGUUGGUGGAGCUCGCUGAUUCCGUAGACUUCAAAGAAUACGAUGGCUUGAAGAAAACCGAACUCGAAGUCGCGCUUGAUGAGUAUCUGACGCAGAAUGCCUCGCAAUUCUCGAGCGAAACGCGACUUGCGCCCUUCUAUAAAAGAAGCUCCCCUGUGAAAAAGGAGCCAUCCACAUCAUCCGCGUUGGCAGAGAUUGACUCAAAAGUUAAGUCAGUCAAGCGAAGGGUGACGAAGGCUGCAGAGGAACUUGUUGCGACAGAUGAUUCGGAGGUUGAGCCGGCUACCACGCGCUCACGAGCUGCUUUAACUCGCACUCCUCGAGCUUCAGCAUUGUCAAAUCUGUCGUUCGCUUCAAGUGUACCUUUACCGCCCUCACCAGCCGUUGUCACCGACGCGAUUGAGCGUCACACACAAGCCUUGCGCUCGCAGGUUGGGCAACUGGUUGAGAAGGCCGGUUUCACGGAGACCGCCGAAGCUACGCGUGAAGCAUUGUCAACAGUUGUGACUGUCCAAAGCCUCGUUGUUGCUUUCGAGCUUUGGAAUCUGCGAAAGGAGGUCUUGGCUGACCGAUACGCGUUUACCAUCCCAUCUAUCGGGUUACUCGGUACCCAGCCAUACGACGUCAAAGUCCCUGAUCUGUUUCUGCUUCUGACCAGCUCAUUCUGGGGCCCUACCUCCCUCUGGGCCACCACCAGUCUCAUUAUACCUCUCGUCGCCGCUUACUUCUUCAAUCUGACUUCCAAGCCCUCAAGAGGUCGUCAAUCCGCACAUUUCAACUACACUUUUGAUCCAUUGACAUUCAGCAUUGUGAAGGCAUUGCUGACCUACGUCAUCUAUGGCCAGGAUGUGACUUUUGGCGGCUUGGUAGAUCUCGAGUAUGUUGCAAGAAUCAAUUCCGCAAUUUUCGGCGGCUAUCAGGGUGUGCUUGUCGGAACGGGAAUUGGAGCCUUGGUUACUCUGUAUGAGGCUGUUCUCAAAAAAUAGGCCCAUCUAAGAGCAAAUGCAUGCAAGUAUAAGCAAGAAGAUGGCCUAGUAUAUUUUGUAUAGGAUGCUUGAAUAGCGGCGUACGUGUUCUGGUCGUUGUUUUGGCCUUGGUCUCUUCUAUUGCUGGGCAAUUACUAUGACGUUGAGUUGGUGCGGCGAAGGGGGAAGACGCUUCAUUCACAUCAUUCGCUCUUCUCUCGCAGUUGUUCUUAUGCGCUGCACGUGGUCUCGGGAGAGGUCAUUGGAAGGCGUUAAGGCGUGGCGGCGAUGGGAUACCUUUUUGUGUUUACAGUUUUUGCUUUACUCUUUACGUGUAUACGAACGGGAAUGGAUUAAGGUUUUAGUUAUCUCGCCUUGAAAUAUUUAAUUCGCUG